AGGUGCGCGGGCGCAGUCGGCGACCGCACGGCCCCGCGAUCUCUCGUGCCUUAUUGUAGUACUAGGAACCGUGCGCGCGCGCCGUGCUCAGUGAUGCUAUCUGAUUGGACCACUUAACUUCUAUUGGGGGCUCGUCCUCACGUCCUGUAAUUCUUGCGUACAGUCACGUGACAUGGCGAGAAUAAAUCAACGGCUGAUUCUACUGGUAACAUUGUUGGUAUCCCAUACUGAAUCUUCGCCAUUUCCUCAGCUUGCACUAAAGACACUGCUGCUCGAAGAUUUGAUACCAUUCAAUCCAAGUUUUUAUCCUGACGGGCUUUCAGUACAAUGGGUUUCAGAUACAGAAUUCAUUCGUAGAGAACCUGAAAUUGGGAUCCUGAAGUACAAUGCGGUCAAUCAUUCUUUUGUUACUGUUUUAAAUAAGCCGGAAUUGAUACAGCUGUCUAAUUACUCGCUGGUGACAUUUUCAAAUGACGGAAAAUAUGUAUUGUUAACCAGACAUUUGCAAAAGGUAUACAGAUAUUCUACUGUGGCGGAGUAUUACGUUUAUAAUACAGAAAAUAAGUCCUUAAAAGCUAUUGGGAAUGGUCUUCUACAAGUAGUUGUUUGGAGUAGCAACGCUUCAUUGGCUUACGUACAAGAGAACAACGUGUACUAUGUCCCUGAUGUGGCACAACCUGAGACAGUGGUGAUGCUCACCACCGAAGGUGUACCGGGAGAAGUGUACUUUGGUGCCACUGACUGGAUCUAUGAAGAGGAGGUGUUCAAUGCAGCUGAGGCUCUGUGGUUUUCACCAAAUGGCACUUACUUGGCUGUGGCAUCUUUUAACGACACUAAUGUCGAAUCAGCUAUUUAUCCUUACUACGGGAACGAGUCAGAUCCUAACAAUCAAUAUCCUGAAUUGGUUGAAUUUAAGUAUCCAAAGGCAGGUCGCGUCAAUCCUGUAGUUGGACUUCGAGUUUUCAAAUUGGAUGAUAUCAAUAGUAAAGCGAGGCGGAUUCCAGCUCCUGUCGACGUAGUUGGAGUUGAUCACAUAUUGGGUCGAGUAGAUUGGGCAUCGGACCAAAAUCUAGUCGUUCUUUGGUUAACCAGACGUCAAAGCGUCAGCAUAUUGGUGAACUGUGAUCUAAAACAAGACGAAUGUAGUUUGGUUAGGGAGCAAACGGAACCGAAUGGCUGGAUUGAUAUAAGUCAACCGUUCUUCAACAAAAAUGGAACGAAAUUGGUUGAAAUUCAACAUUUAUAUGAUGGUGACGCCAGAUUCCCACACGUGGGUCGUUUUGAUUUCAAGACACUUACCACGGAAGAUCUAAGUAGUGGUAAUUCGUCGGUAACAGAAAUUCUGGGGUGGAAUCAAGGAACGGAUACAAUCUAUUACAUAGCUGCUCCGGGACAUAUGCCGUGGCUAAGACAACUAUGGGCUACGGAAGCUGAUGGUACAGUGCGGUGUAUUUCGUGUAAAGAGCCAGCUUGUCAGUGCGUAUCGGCAGCGUUUUCGCCCGGUGCGAGUUUCGGUGUUGUGACUUGCAGUGCAACAAACGUCGCGCCGAAAGUCUUUUUCUACUCCUGUGUGGAUGAUACAAUGAAACUAGUCAAGGACAAUGCAAGACUAAACAAGAAACUGAGUGAAUACAAAUUACCAAUGCCAUUGUUCAAUAUGAUUUAUCUGGAGAAGGAGCAUACGUUAGCCAAUAUUAAGUUAUUGUUACCUCCAGAUAUAAAGGAAGGUGAAAAGUAUCCGAUGAUUGUAAGAGUUUACGCAGGCCCUGGGACGACAAGAGUUAAAGAUAAUUUUGACUUAGAAUAUUACACACUGUACUUAGCAGCCAAUAGAAGUUUUAUAGUUGCCGCGAUCGAUGUGAGGGGUUCCGGAGUUCUGGGCACGGAGGCGAUGCAUGCUGUGAACGACGCACUUGGCACUGUCGAAAUUACAGACACAUUAGCCGCUAUUGAGGUACUAAUUGGGAUGUAUAACUUCAUUGACCCCAAACGCAUUGGUGUGUGGGGUUGGAGUUACGGGGGAUAUGCGACCACCAUGAUGUUAAUAAAGGAUGAAAAGAAACUUAUUACAUGCGGAGCUGCCGUCGCCCCCGUUACAUCCUGGCUCUAUUAUGAUACAAUAUACACAGAACGCUAUAUGGAUACGCCGCAAGCUAAUCCUAUUGGGUACCAACAGUCUGAUCUAUUGGCCGCUACAGAGAAACUUCGAGGUAGAAAAUAUCUACUGGUCCACGGUACAGGGGACGACAAUGUGCACUAUCAGCACAGUUUACAGUUAGCCAAGAAACUUCAACAUGAAGAUAUUGAAUUCCAACAAGUCAGCUACACUGAUGAGAACCAUUCAUUGAUGGGCGUGAGCAGACAUUUCUACCACACUUUAGAUCGUUUUUGGACUGAUUGUUUUCACUUAUAAUAGAAAGAAUUUUAGUUAUUAAAUGAAAAUAACAUUUGCGAGUGCUUUAUGUAUGUAUGACUGAAUUAUGUGUAAAUAUGUUCCAAUAAGUUGCAUUUUGUAUAUCUAAACCUACAAUAACUUACUUUCAGCUAAAUAUAUUUUUCUAUAGUACAAUAUGAACUCUGUUGAUUAGGUAACCUACCUCUUGUGUCUUAAUUUCCCAUAUUAAAUUACCUACAAACAGCCAUUUUUUUUGUUGUAAUUAUUAGUAAGCAAAAGUUAUUUGUUAAUUUAUACUAAAUUCCGUACUACUACCGUACAUUCCGAAUUACAGAAUAAUAACAUCCAUAAUACAGAAUCUCUAAUACUUAUAUUAGCUAAUAAAAAUAAAAAUUUAAGAAAAAUAAAGAAUAUUUAUAAUUGA